UCGGGAGGUGCGGCCCGGGGAGGGGCCAGGAGCGGGAACGUGCCCGGUGCUGCCCACUCUUUGUCUGCUGCCUCCGGAUGCACAGCGAUGGGGGAAUGGACCAUCUUGGAGAGGCUGCUGGAAGCCGCGGUGCAGCAGCACUCCACUAUGAUCGGGAGGAUCCUGUUGACUGUGGUGGUGAUCUUCCGGAUCCUCAUUGUGGCCAUUGUGGGGGAGACGGUGUACGAUGAUGAGCAGACCAUGUUUGUGUGUAACACCCUGCAGCCCGGCUGUAACCAGGCCUGCUAUGACCGCGCCUUCCCCAUCUCCCACAUCCGCUACUGGGUCUUCCAGAUCAUUAUGGUGUGCACCCCCAGUCUCUGCUUCAUCACCUACUCUGUACACCAGUCUGCCAAGCAGCGAGAACGCCGCUACUCCACUGUCUUCCUAGCCCUGGACAGAGACGGCCCUGAGUCCAUGGGAGGUCCUGGAGGAACUGGGGGUGGAAGCAGUAGCGGGAGCAAGCGAGAAGACAAGAAGUUGCAGAAUGCCAUUGUCAAUGGAGUGCUUCAAAACACGGAAAACACCAACAAAGAGACAGAGCCAGAUUGUCUAGAGGUUAAGGAGCUGAACCCGCACCCAUCGGGGCUCCGCACUGCCGCACGAUCCAAGCUCAGGAGACAAGAGGGCAUCUCCCGCUUCUACAUCAUCCAGGUGGUGUUCCGAAAUGCCCUGGAGAUUGGGUUUCUGGUGGGUCAGUACUUCCUCUAUGGCUUCAGUGUCCCAGGGUUGUACGAGUGUGACCGCUACCCCUGCAUCAAGGAGGUCGAGUGCUAUGUGUCCCGGCCCACGGAAAAGACCGUCUUUCUAGUGUUCAUGUUUGCUGUGAGCGGCAUCUGUGUGGUGCUCAACUUGGCUGAACUCAACCACCUGGGAUGGCGUAAGAUCAAGCUGGCGGUCCGAGGGGCUCAGGCCAAGAGGAAGUCAGUCUAUGAGAUCCGUAACAAAGACCUGCCCCGGGUCAGUGUUCCCAACUUUGGCAGGACUCAGUCCAGUGACUCUGCCUAUGUGUGAAAAGGGGUUGGAUAACGAGGGGAUAACAAG